CUGAAACAGAGACGAUCUGUGCGCAGAGCGCCGUGUGUUUACAGCGAACACGACAGACUGCAGACUGGUCGAAGGAGACUGUAUGUGUGUGUGUGUGUGUGUGUGUGUACCUGCACGUUAAUCUGUCUAACUCCGGUACCCGUUCAGCUGUCUAUCGACGGAGGGCACUAGGUAACCAAAGGACUUGACUUGACCCGGAGCAAUAAGGUCAAAUAUUCCAUUUCCCGCCGAUAUGAAGGUGAAUUCCUCCUACCAAAACAACGCGGUGUGUGUGUGUGCAUGAUGAGAGUCUGAGGAGGAGGAGGUGGAGGAGGAGAAGAAGAAGAAGGAGGCUGCGGUCUGAAACUAGAUGUUCUCCUGGAUAUAUCGAAACUAACGUCGUGUCGUUCACUCAAGGAGGCUGCGCAUUGAUUUGACAUGUUACUGUAUGUCCUAGACAGGCUCUUUCCAUCCUAAUUUGAACGGGGGGGUUGGCCCGAUUUCUGCCUCCCGAGAAUCCUCCAGCAGCGGGACAUUGAAUGUUUUUCCUCCAGGUAUGGAGUGUGAAGAUGCGGAUUACAGAGGAAUCCCCGCCGCUAGUUUAACCGCAUUGGUUUCAUUAUACACAUCAAUACAGGGCUAUUUUUUGCAGGAAUAAAACCGAACUAUGAGUACAUUUCUAGCCAGAGGAAUAAAUUGGUGAUUUGGAGCACGAUUGGACUUCCAUUAGGAAACGUGAGAAAGCUACCCUGCUAGCCUGUUUGGAGUAGCUAUUAGCUCCAUUAGCUGGCUAACUGCUAAAAGGAUUUGUGAGGAUUUACACAUCCAGGAAUGAGGUCUCGAACGGAAUGGAGCCGCUUGACCUUGUUUUGGAGUCUGAUGCUGGGUCUGUCGUCCUGCCUCCGGCCCGCCACCGCAGAGAUCUGUGGUCCCAGCAUCGACAUUGGGAACGACAUUGCUGAAUUCAGGCGUCUAGAGAACUGCACAGUGGUGGAGGGCUACUUGCAGAUCCUCCUAAUUGGUGACAAAAACAACAACAACAUCAACCAGGAAGUGUUCCGCUCCCUCAGCUUCCCCAAGCUGACGGUGAUCACAGACUACCUGCUGCUGUUCCGAGUGUCCGGCCUGGACAGUCUGAGCACGCUCUUUCCCAACCUCACCGUCAUACGUGGGCGCAACCUCUUCUACAACUACGCCCUUGUGAUCUUCGAGAUGACCAGCCUUAAGGACAUAGGCCUGUACAACCUGAGGAACAUCACCCGCGGUGCCAUCCGCAUUGAGAAGAACCCCGAGCUCUGCUACCUGGACUCCGUAGACUGGUCGCUCAUCCUGGACGCAGAGUUCAACAAUUACAUCGCUGGCAACAAGCAGUCCAAGGAGUGCAGCGACGUUUGUCCAGGCAUCAUGGAGAACAACCCUCAGUGCAGAAAGACCAUGUUCAACGACAACUACAACUACCGCUGCUGGAACUCCAAUCACUGCCAGAAAGAGUGCCCAGAGAAGUGUGUAUGGCGAGCGUGCACUGCGGCUGGCGAGUGCUGCCACCCUCAGUGUCUGGGCAGCUGCACCCUCCCUGGUAGUGACACAGCAUGUGCAGCAUGUGUGCAUUACUACCACCAAGGACGCUGCGUGGCCGACUGCCCUCCAGGCACCUACAAGUUCGAGGGCUGGAGGUGCAUCAGUGCCGAGCUUUGCUCUAAAGUCCACCUCCCCGACUUCAACAGCUUCGUCAUCCACGGCGGAGAGUGCAUGUCGGAAUGCCCACAUGGGUACAUGCAGACCACACCCAACAGUAUGUUCUGUACAGCCUGUGAUGGUCUCUGUGAUAAAGUAUGUGAGGAGAAGGUCAUCGACUCCAUGGAUGCCGCUCAGUCUCUCAAAGGCUGCACUGUUAUCAAAGGCAACCUGCAUAUCAACAUCCGCAGAGGCCACAACAUGGUGGCAGAGCUGGAGAGUUUCACCGGUUUGAUCCAGAGGGUGACCGGUAAUGUGCGGAUCAGACAUUCCCACACUCUGACCUCCCUGGCCUUUCUCCGCAGCCUCAGAUACAUCGACGGAGAAGAGCUUCUGGACGACGCGUACGCCUUCUUGGCAGUUGACAACCAGCAGCUCCAGUAUCUUUGGGACUGGAAGCAGCAUAACCUCACCAUCAAGGCAGGAAAGCUGUCCUUCAGAGCCAACCCAAAGCUCUGCAUGUCCGAGAUCCGCAAAAUGUGGGAGAAGACGGCCAUCCAGGGGCGUUUCGAUGAGAGCGAUUUCCGAAACAACGGCGACAGAGCCAGCUGUGAAAGUACAAUCCUGACAUUUAAGUCCAACAGCACCAGUAGUACGAGGAUCAAACUGACCUGGCAGCGCUACCGUCCCCCUGACUACAGAGACCUCAUCAGCUUUAUCGUGUACUACAAGGAGGCGCCGUACCAGAACAUCACAGUGUACGAUGGGCAGGACGGCUGUGGCUCCAACAGCUGGACUAUGGUGGAUGUGGAGCUGAGGCCGGACAAGGACUCAGACCCUGGGGUUCUGCUGUCCAGCCUCAAGCCCUGGACGCAGUACGCUGUCUUCGUGAAGGCCAUCACACUCAUGGUGGAAGACAAACAUUUGCCGAGUGCCAAGAGCCAGGUGGUCUACAUCCGCACAAGCCCUUCAGUACCCUCCAUGCCUCAGGAUGUGCGAGCGUACUCUAACUCAUCUACACAGUUGGUGGUGCGUUGGUCGCCCCCUAUCUCACCGAAUGGAAACCAAACUUACUACCUGGUCCGAUGGCAGCAACAAGCCGAAGACCGAGAGCUGUAUCAGCACAAUUACUGCUCUAAAGAGCUGAAGAUCCCCAUAAGGAUUGCUGCCAUAGGUGUGGGAGACCAGGAAGAGGACACCAAUCCCACUAAGCCAGAUGCCGAUGGGCCAGACAAAGGCCCCUGUUGCCCCUGCCCCAAAUCAGUCGAGGACCUGGAGGCCGAAGCUGCUGACGCCUCCUACAGAAAAGUCUUUGAAAACUUCCUGCACAACUCCAUUUUUACACCAAGGCCACCAGACCGUCGACGUAGAGAUCUCUUUGGCAUAGCCAACUCCACCCACCCCCGCCACAACCGGCUGCACACCAACCGCAGCACCGUCCCUCCUGUCCAAGCAGCUGGUAACAGCAGCACCGCGGACUUGGAGCCAGCCGACAGAGAGUACGAGUUUGUGGAGCAAGCAGUGACGGAGCGUGAGCUGCAGAUCUCUGGCCUGCAGCCGUUCACGGUUUACCGCAUCGACAUUCACGCCUGCAAUCGACAGGUCCAGCGCUGCAGCGCCGCAGAGUUUGUCUUUUCCAGAACCAAGCCUGCAGAAAAGGCUGACGACAUACCCGGCCAUGUGACCUGGGAGGGCCACGAGGACUGGGUGUUUCUGCGCUGGCCAGAGCCUCUCCACCCCAACGGACUCAUCCUCAUGUAUGAGAUCAAGUUUAAACUGGCUGCUGAGAACGAGAAGCACGAAUGUGUCUCUGGCCAGAUGUAUCAGGCCCAACGUGGCGUUCGGCUGUCCAACCUCAGUCCAGGAAACUACUCAGUCAGAGUGAGAGCCACAUCUCUGGCUGGCAACGGCUCCUGGACACCCCCUCUGGACCUUUAUGUGGCUGAACGAUAUGAAAACGUCUUCUACGCUAUGAUCUUUGUUCCUAUCGCCGUCAUUCUCGUCAUCUGCCUUUUCGUCUCAAUGCUGGUGGUCCUCAGCAGGAAAAGGAACAGUGAUCGGCUUGGAAAUGGAGUCCUGUACGCCUCAGUCAACCCAGAGUACUUCAGCGCUGCAGAAAUGUAUGUACCAGAUGAAUGGGAGGUGGCACGGGAGAAGAUUGCCCUGAGUCGUGAGCUCGGCCAGGGGUCCUUUGGCAUGGUGUAUGAGGGCUUGGCAAAGGGCGUGGUCAAAGAUGAACCAGAGACACAUGUCGCCAUUAAGACUGUCAACGAGUCGGCCAGCAUGAGGGAGAGAAUAGAGUUUCUCAAUGAAGCCUCUGUCAUGAAGGAGUUCAACUGUCACCACGUGGUUCGUCUCCUGGGAGUGGUUUCUCAGGGCCAACCCACCCUGGUCAUCAUGGAGCUGAUGACACGAGGGGACCUGAAGACUUACUUACGCUCCCUGCGACCUAAAGAGCAACAGUGGUCGAGCCUGUCUCUCCCUCCUCUGAAGAAGAUGCUUCAGAUGGCUGGGCAGAUCGCUGACGGCAUGGCUUACCUCAACGCCAACAAGUUUGUCCACAGAGAUCUGGCAGCCAGGAACUGCAUGGUGGCCGAGGACUUCACUGUUAAGAUAGGAGACUUUGGCAUGACCAGAGACAUCUAUGAGACAGACUACUACCGUAAAGGUGGUAAGGGUUUGCUCCCAGUCCGCUGGAUGUCACCUGAGUCCCUUAAGGACGGAGUCUUCACCACCACCUCUGAUGUCUGGUCUUUCGGGGUUGUACUGUGGGAAAUUGCCACCCUGGCAGAGCAGCCCUACCAAGGUCUGUCCAAUGAGCAGGUGCUCCGCUUCGUCAUGGAGGGAGGGCUGCUGGAGAAACCACAGAACUGUCCUGACAUGCUGUUUGAGCUGAUGCGAAUGUGUUGGCAGUACAAUCCUAAGAUGCGUCCUUCCUUCCUGGAGAUCAUCAGCAGCCUAAAGGACGAGCUGGACCCAUCUUUCAGAGAGUCUAGUUUCUUCUACAGCAGCGAUAACAAGCCGCCCGAAGCGCCGCAGCUCCAUCUGGACAGUAUGGACGAGAUUCCUCUGGAGCCCCCUUCUUCCACACAGUCACAGCAAUCCCCAGUCCCACAGCAGACCCCACCCUCGCCUAGCUCAGAGGCUCCGCCUGCCCCCUCGUUAGACCCCAGCUCCCCCUCCUCUCCCUGUACGUCGACCACUGCCAUGGACAAGCAGCCCUCCGGCCAGCAGGCAGCCAACGGGCUGUCGGGGGCGGGGCUCGCAGCAGGGCCAGGGGCGGUGCGGCCGUCUCUGGACGAACUGCCGCCAUACGCACACAUGAACGGAGGGCGCAAAAACGAACGUGCCAUGCCCCUCCCGCAGUCCUCUGCCUGCUGAUUGGACAGACACCCCACCAGACUGCAAACCCCGCCACCUUUCUUUCUGCAGAACCCGAUGUCUCAGUGGGUGGGAGCUCUUUUUUUUUAUUGUUUAUUUUUUAUCACAUACAGCAAAACCAUGUCCACCAGCUAGGUGUGGCUACUCGGUGUGGAGCAAAGACUCGCAGCGAGGUGGAGAAAAGGGUCACUGGGUCCAUGUUCUGCUGGACCUCCUGAGACCACCUGUUUCAUAUUGUUGUGCUUUUGGUUUGUACCAGCUGACUGUCCCAUGUGACCCUGCCCUGGCUGCUGAGUGGGACGACCAAAAGAAAAGAAAUUAACAGUAAAAAAAGAAAGUAAGAAAUUAUUUGGUGGAGAUCUCUCCCUCUCUUUAUGGCUGAACUUAUUUUCCAAAUUGUUGUUUGUUACUUUUGUAUAUGAAUUUUCAAAUGGGAGGAAAACAAAAUGUGUAGGCCUUUUAUAAAUGACCACCGUUGUGGUUGCUUUUGAGCGGGCAUUAUGGUGAAACUGUUGAGCAUAUCUAAUGAAGAAGCACUUCAGAGAGGUCCUCCGCAGUCCUGUUGCUCUGCAGGCUGGGGGGUCAGCGUAAUGCCGGGUCAACAGCCAAUCCGCUGAAACAAACAAACCAGAGGGAGAAAGGUCAAAUCUGCCAAAUGUGUUGCCAAAAUUGUCAAAUUAUCUUUACUGCAGUAUUGGCCUGUAGUGCUCCAACACACCGGAUUGAAAAAUGAAAGCACUUUGUAUUGCUACAACAUCAUUCUUAAAAUCUGUGAUCAAAAGGGAAAUGAACGUCCCUCUCCAGUCCUCUACAGCUCCUCUAUCAAAAUGACGUGGUGGACUCUGAAAUUGAGCCACAUCCUCUUCUCACACAAGUGCCGUUCUGUUACGGUUUAAACGCCAAAUCCAAUCAAUAAAGAAGCAAAAAAAAUGAAUACCUUGAAGCAAGGACUGCGGAGGGAAGCCCAUAAAGAGGAAAUCAAAUAUGAAGACUAGAUCUAGAACGUCUCUUGAUCGGGGUAUGCCCCGAGUUCAGAGGCAUUCUUUUCUCUUUUUUUAGACUAGUCAUUAGUCUCCAACAUUUACAACAUCUAUACGUGGGCAGAGCUUUUAUGUACGCACCAGUUGUUUGUGUCACUUUUCUAACUUUUAUACGGUUGGAGACUUUCAUCAUGUACAGAAAGAAGCUGCUAUUCCUGAUUUCUCUUGUGGUUGUAAUAUAGUUGAUAUCUAUAUAUAAAAAGAGAAAAAAAAACCGUCUCCUUCAGGUUGGAUCCACAAACGUUUCCACUCCAGUCCAUUUUUGUAAUGCUUGUAAUUGUGUAAUGUAUAUGUCAGCUGGUUUGGUUGCUGUGUUUGUGUAAAGGUACGACAGUUUGCCUUGUAUUCUGAAGCAGCGGUGACUUCCCCUCCCAUCUGACUAUAGGACAGCGACGGUACCAAUGAUCCAUGUUCUCGCCUCGGCCUCUGUUCUCUAGGGUCUACGGGGUCAGAGGUCAGAGGUCAGGCAUCACUGCUGAGUCCCAACUAAAUCUCAGGUCAAAGAGAAAAGUUCAAUCCUUUUCUACUUUCCUUUUUUUUUCUUCUUUUUGUGCUGUCAUACCCAGAGACAUCCAGCCACGUCUGUGUGUGUGUGUGUCUGUGUGUGUCUGUGUGUGUGUGUGUGUAUACCUCUGUUGUUAUUUUUUUUAUCAUUAGACAAGAGCAGUGUUUCUUACAACAGUCUGAAACCAGAAAUGGUUUUCCAACUUUGGAUGGAUGGGUCGUUGCACUUAUUGUAUGGAACCCCAAUUCUGACAACCUCAAGUAAAAUGUAAUCAGACUAGCCAAAAUAUAACUGAAUACAUCAAUAAAGAAUAUUGUUAGUUAAUUAGGGUUAGUUAGGAUGAGGAGGAGUGUAAAAAUAAAUGUAAUGCUUUAUACUUUUCCUUUUACUUCCAAUCAGUUGGUAUAUAACGACAGAAAGUUUUUUGUUUUUAGAUGAACAGAAGAACUGCUCAGUGGUAAAGAAACUCCAUUUAAUUAUUUAACUAACGUUAUUAUAUAUUGUUGCAUGCAGUAAUAUUUUUGACGUGUCUGAUGGCCUGUUGUAGUAAUACUGAGUUCAAAGUGCAAAUGAUUGCAAAAUAGAAUGGAUUUAAUGUAGCAGCUAUCCUUAACAUCUUAUUUUUCUAAAGGCAAGUGCAAAAAAACCUGUCUGUUGGAUCAUUUCACUUCCUGCUGAUCAACUUCUCUCUUGAAUCAAGGGGGUGUUUUUGUAUGCUGCUGGAGUGAUCCACAUUAUUUAUAUUUUUUCAACAUAUUAACGUGUUUGUAGAUGAUUGCUGAAGUUAAAUUGGAAUUAUCUUACAGCACAGACAUUGUUUAAGCUUUAAGAAAAAUAAGAUUUCACAAUAACACUAAAAGGACUUGAGAAUAACACAUGCUCAUGAGGCUCUUCUCUUCUCCUGAACCUGUUCUUUUAUUAAAAUACUAAAUCUAAAUUCAGCAAGACACAAAUGAUCACAGCUCUAACUGUGCUGAACAUCUAAGCAUUAGACAUAGUGCUUUAUCAAGGUUUACUGAAGAAAUGCACACUAAAAUAUGAAGACAAGUACGAUCAGAUUGGACCACAUGGAAUAGAUAUUAAAGGAUCAUUCAUCUCAGAAAGUUUGGAUUCCCAACCCAGAUGUUCCUUGGUUAUUUUUCUUAUUUUUAUGUGAAGUGUAAAUCACUUUACAAAUUCCCCACAACUUCCCUCUAAUAUUUUGAUGUUUCUUUUGCUAUUUUGGGCAAGGUUUUGUUAUUCCUUCAACCAUCCAUCUACCUCACUUUUUAUUUUUCAAUCUAUCUCCACAGAAAAAGAAGAACUGUGUUCUCUGUUUGUCAGGCUGUGAUGACGAUCGUACUGCUGUUAAUACGGUCAAAUACAAACCACAAACCAAACCUGUUCCUUCUCCUCCUCCUCCCUUUGUUAGUCUGUUGUGUAGUAGUCAGGCUGGAAGUACUGUGUGUUCUGGUAGUCUGUUGUGUAGUAGGCAGGCUGGAAGUACUGUGUGUUCUGGUAGUCUGUUGUGUAGUAGUCAGGCUGGAAGUACUGUGUGUUCUGGUUAAGAGUCUGUUUCACCCAGUCCGACCACAGCCGAGUGAUGAGACCACUUCAUCCUGAGAUCAGAUCAGGAUGGCUAUUUCUAUGUUUGUGGUCUGAUUUUUGCCUCACUUUUACCACUGGAGCACCACAGAGUGGACAUACAAUCAAACAAAUUAAAUUACCCCCCCCUUCCCCCACAUUGUUGGCCAAUUUGUUACAAAGGUUUUGAUAUGUGUAAGUUAUUCAUAGCUUUCCAACUCUUGCGUUUCUAUUGAAAUGAUCUGUUAGAUUGAGAUUUAAUUUUGGUUUUCUUUUGUACAUGCUGUUAUCAAUAUAUUCUGAGUACUGGGAAAAAUGAUUGGCUGAAGGAAAAGUGUCUGUUUCUCUGAUUCCUUUUUUCUACACAAGAUUUAAGAUGAAUAAAAAUGUAUGCAAACUGUU